GCCCAGGCUAAGCGGCACGUUCCUGUGACAAGACUGCUUCUGGCCCCUGCGCUAGCUCUCGUAAUGCUAACUCGGCUGUCUCUGAAUGAUGCUGCAGGUGCUAGUGUCAUUGUUACGCCCUUAGAGUAGUCCAACAUUGCGCUUUUGCAAUCUCGGCUAUGCCAGGCCUACAAUCUCCUAGUCACUUGGAACUAUUGCAGGAAAAGGAAGGUACCUCAAGCCAUGAAUCCUAAUGAAAAAACCCCCCAGUAGAUCCACCCACAGUUCUCAAAGGGCUAGGGCAGCAUGUAUGAUAUUGAAACCAAAGAGGUUGUUAAUAAAAGCAGAAAGUGACUCUAGCUGUUCAUACAGGUCCUAGGUCAAGCGCAUGCUUAACCCUAAGCCCAUGCUUGAGUGCUGUGCCUAACCGGGGCUGGAAAGUCGUCUGCAAAGUCUACUGAAGUCAGUGGAGUCUGUCCAGUGAUUUCAAUGGACUUUGGAUUAGGCCUGUAGCUUUAGAUUCCUGCAUUCAGUGAACAACAGUAAUACUAGUUCCUUGCUUCCAGUCGGGCUUUGUGCUUGAGCAAGGGCUACUCAUAGGAGUAAAGUCUUUAUGGUAUUAAUAUGCUGGUGAAAAGAGAAGCGUGGGCAGAAGUUACUUAAUAAGAUAUUGAUAUCACAUGUACUUGUCUUGCUUACUGUUAUCUUUAAAAUAUCUUCAAAAAUAAGUAUUUAAGUGCACGUAUCUCUACAAUCUCUUCUAGCUAACCAAUGCCAUGUAAACAAAGAAGCUGCCUGCUGCUGAUUUUUGGAUUUGGGUCUUAAUUUGCAAUUUCCUUUUAUACCGACUCAUUUUUCAGAUUGCUAUCAGCCAUGUAGCAUCUCCUGAGCUGCAGUAGGAAAUGAGCUAUUUGAGAAUGACAGCUAAUUGAGGCAGAUAUUUGUGGGGAGACAUAUCAGUUGAACAGCGAGGUGGGGGGUGGGGACUCCAGGAAGAAAUGGACUUUUAGCCUGAUGGUUGACUAUCUCUUAAGUUCUGUCUCUGAAUUGCAGCUGGCAGUGAAACGUCACCCCCUCAAGUCUGGAGAAGGGUCAGUGAAUGAAACCCUCAGCGGUUUAUCCAAGUACUGCAUCUGUCCAGACUACCUGUUGGGAAGAUGGAAAAUUGUACUUUCUGGUGGCAAAGCAUCACAUUCUCAGGCGUGACCUUUAUCAUGUAUAUAGUUCCCUUGAUUGGCUUCUACAUCAUGCUCAGCAGAAAAAUAGACAAGCACUCCUGUCAUGAGGCAAGGAGCAGUGGCAGCACAGAAGCAAAGCAAGAGCCACUCAAAACACCUCCGGCAGCAGCAGGGGAUGCGCCAAGGGUAACCUAUGAGGAUGACAGUGAAACUUCCUCAGAAACAUCCGAGGACUCGGAGAGCAGCCCCUCCGCCGCGCAGGGCCCGACGUCACAGGAAAGCGUCAAUUACACCACCCUCCUCUUUGCAGCCCCAGGACGUGGCACGGGCUCUAGCGGGGACUACGAGAACAUGAAGACAGCGACAGAUUACGUCAAUGUGGAUCCCAAAAAGCAGAAAGUGGAUUUCUGGGUCUGCUCGAGCCCUACAACCUCCAAAUCGAUCGAGUACACUGAAGUGAAGCUGUGAUAAUGCAGCUAUUGCUGGCCAAGCUCUACAGGGGCAGAGCCCCUCUCAGCUGCCCCAGUGGCACCUCCACAUCUGUUUAUAGAGCCAUUUUCCUCCGCACUGUUACACGGUGCCUGCCAAGCAGAAAGACUUAUCUUCUUUACCCUGCCUCCUGUGACCAUGCAUGGUAUCUUUUUCUUUCCUGCACCUUGCUAAGCUUGGGGCCUCCAAUACAAUGUGAGAGCGAGUGUCACCAGCUCUGAAUGCUGUAUGGAAGAGAAAGCAUGCCUUCCCUCAGCCUUGGAUGCACUUUUCAGUUUCCUUGAAUGCCCCUUGUUCUCACACAAGGGAAGGAGCUGAUAAGCCCCCUGUGCUUGUAAUCAAGCAUCAAUCCAGCCUCAGAGGAGAUGAGCCAAAGGAGCUGAAGUGCUCCCUUGACUUAUGUACCCGUAAUAAAACCCUUUGACAUCCAUUUCCCAAACCUGCUUUGCCCUUUCUAUUUGGCAAGGGCUGAUUAUUUUCCUUCUUUCCUUUAACUUUUGAAAGACCUUGACUACUGAGAGGAAGCUCACCAUGCAUUUCUGCAGGCAAUCGAGCAGGGGCUCCCCUCUGAGUGGUCUGGAACAUCCCCUCCUUGAGGACAGAAAGCUCUGUCUUCAUCUGAUUUGCUCAUGAUGAUGUAGCCCUCUGUUUAGCUGCCUUACUAGCUGGGGCCAGUUCCCAGGCAGAACUCAUUAGGUAUGUGCAAAUAGCGGUGGGAGGCUUCAGCAGCAUUGAGCAGAUUGGGGCUGUGGGGACCAAGCAUCCACUGGAGAAUAGGUGGGAUCUGCUGUGCUAAUUGGAGUCCUGUCAGAGCCCAGGGCUCCCUAGGAGUAUUAAUUGCUUGAGCACAGUCACUGGCACUGGAGGCAGGCCACCUGCCGGGAAUUUCCCUCCCCACCUUAUGUCAUAACUAUCAGCACAGAUGGUGAAAGGGGGUCAGGGUGUGCACCACUACAAAGGAAUAUAGCAACCACCAGCCUGGAUCAGGCCACUGGUCAGUCUGCUUCAGCCCCCUGCUUCCUGUCCAGUGGUUGAUUUUUGCAGAAGCUCUUUAACAAUCAAGACACGGGCUUCAACCAAUGCUUGAAUCUGCUGCAGAAGCACCUCUGUUCCCUAGGGACUGUGCCACGCUCUCUUCGAGCAGUUCCUGCUAGUCCAUCAGCUGCCAGCACAGGCUGAGUUUUGUAGCUUCCUCUUGCUUCUGUCCCACUCCCUGGGAGCUUGCUGUUGACUUCAGUGUGAGUGAGAAUGUGCCGGGAUGGCGCCGACGGUAACAGUGUGACUUGUGUCUUGAUUCAAAGCCUCCUGAAGUUCUUUCAUGACAAGUUAAUUUAGAAACAGAGACAGGACCCUUCUGAAAUCAUCUGCUUUCAGAACCAGCUACAGGCAGCAGAUAAAGAGCUCCCUUCCUUCAUCCUGUCCUGCGCUGCAUGAGAGCAGGAGCUUUGUUCAGGCUCCAUCUGCACUGGCUUUUUGUUUCCUGCUCCAGCACAUAACCCUCAUCGCUGAACUAAUGACUGCAAAGGAGCUAUGCCUGCCUGUUCAUUAAGGCAAUCACUAUAUUCCUUUAUCGCCCAAAGGCUGCCCUGAAGCUUCCAGGGCUGGGUCUUAGUUACACAGUGUUGCCAGCUCCCUUGAUUCUGGUGCUAAUCUUGCCCUUUUCAGGCUUUGGGUCCCAGUGGUUGGAAUCUUGGUCCUGUCUUUUGUUCAAAAAAUAAGUCUCCAGCUCAUAUAGCAGAUGUAAGCUGGAGCGCACAAACUGAGUACACCUCAAACGGCAAAACCCAGAGGCCAAUAAAAAGCAAAUAUUGGGAUCUUUGAAGCAAAAUAACAUGAAUUUUUAAGCCAAUGGCAUGCUUUGUUGGGGCAGGGAUCCUGGCUUUCAGAUGUUUGGGAUGGGCAGGACUGAUUGCGCUAGCAGAGUCAAGGGGUGGGUAUAACUGUAAUUGGUAUAACUGUCAUCCAAGCCUCCUUAUCCUGCCAAAGGCAUGCAACAGGGCCUUUGGGUAAAUGCAAAUCAGGCCCUGUAUGUUUUUAUAUGAUAUCAGUAGCAGCCCUAGCUUUGUGGGACCAGUUCCUCAACCAGUGUAAGCUGGGAUACACCAUUCACUUCAGUGGAACUUUUGGACUUUACCACUACUGAAAAUCUGGCGCUUGGCCUACAAAGAUGAAGUUAAAAAAUUACAAAUUAAAAGCUUGGGGUUUUGGCAGGGAGAGCAUAACAUGUGGGUCUCUGUUAUAAGGCACAGCUGCUGAGGGAACAAAAGGAGCUUCUGCAGGAAGGCAGCAUGCUUAGAAAUGCAAAGGUGCAGGGUGCGAGUACAAAGGGCUCCCUCUCCACAGACCGCUGACCACUGGAGAAUUGGGGUGUACAGAAAAGGGCUGGAAAUCAGUAACCGGUGAUGCUAUGAGCCAACUGUUGUUUGCAGAGCUGUCUGGGGCAAGCCACCUACACUACACAGCAGGGAGAAGCUGUAUUAGGCUCGCAGGACCCAGGGUGCUGCCACGUGUUCUCGAGCACCCCCCGCUGGGAUUGUCUGUCUUAGACACACAGACAGACACUACUGUGUGCUACGGGAUGGACUUGGGGGCACAUGUGGCUCAUGUAAAGAUGCACCAGUCUUCAGUGUUAUGCAGUAGAAAGGCCAGAUGGUGGAGCUCCUUGUCGAUGAAGUUGUUGAAAUAUGCAGCCACAUGCAGAAGGCAAUGCCCUCAGAGUGAGCACACCAGUGCCCAUGCCCUUGGCAAGUGUAAAAGCCUACAUGACCCUUAACUGCUAUCAUUAUAGUCCAGAGCGACUGUGUGUUUGAUACCCAUGGCUGCUUUCUGCUUAUCACAGGCUUACCGCACUUGGCUGUCUUCAACACGUCAUCUCUGCAGCCAGAAGGGACAGGCCAGCUUGCCAUCUGCAGUCUGAGCCUGGUCUGACCUGACACAGCCAUGGAGCAGAGCAGAUGCUGCGGGGGGGGCCAGGUGCUUGGUAUCCUUGCUCCAAAGCAAAGCCAAAUGGAGACAGUUGAAGAAAGCUAGUUGCAUGACCAGGGCAUUCUUUCAAGUAUUCUACAGUAUGACCCUGAUACAGCAAAGCACUAGGAGAUGUGUUGGACCUUGUAGGAAGGUGCCCAAGUCCCAAUAGCAAAGCACGUAAGCUCACGGUUCACCACGGAAGAUGAGCGGAAAUGUAAGAGUUUGACUGAGUGGAGAGAGAGUAAGUACUGUGCUGAGCCGAUCAGUAAAUUAAACCAUAUAGAUGAUAAUGCCACGGCUCUGUCUGCCACAUAACACGGUUGCCUUGGAAAACAGCUAAGGAAUAAAUACUGAUCAACGGCUGCA